AUGGAAACGGGGCUCAGCUCAACCGUCAAGCAGCUGAACGGACGCUGUCUCUCAUGGUUGUUUUCACUAAUUUCAGAUGCUAGAGAAAGAACAGCGAGGCUAAAGCAUUCAAAGUGGAAACAUCUGCCGUGGCUCAUUAAUCCAGAAUUGGGACGGAGGAAGGAGCAGCAGAUCAGAGAUCAGGCAGAGAUCUACUGGUGUCCCUGUGGGAACCCCAUUUACCAAACGUAUUACAACAUUGAGUUUCUUCUUGGUGAGGAUGUGCUGUCAGCCACGUUGGUGAAAGCAGAAGUUCAUUUUCACUUUUCAAACCCCCAACACCUCACCAUCCAACCCCUGCUGCCCUCGCUGGAGAAACGAGGGUUCCCUACUAGGUACAGUGUCUGGUUGAGAGAUGGCAUCGUGGAGCUAAGAGUAGAUCUGCUUGUCCUCUUCCAGGCCCUGCAGCUGGUCAUCGGAGGAGCCAUUAAAGGUCCAAGCCUGAUGGAAAUGCAUCGGGUGAGAGACUUGACCAGACCAGGGGUCGUUGUCCAAAAGCAAAGACCCCCAUCUCCUCAAGACACAAUGUCUGUAGUGUGGGGGGAGGAGAAUGAGGGAAGGGAGGGUGCAGCCCCCCUGCAGCCCACUUUAGAGCUGGGACUUGCAUUACGCUGCAGUCUAUUGGAUAAUAUCGCACUGCCCUGUCAAGAUUAUUGUGUACAUCUAGAACAUGCACCCUUCAUCGCUCUGACAUACACAUAGUGAGACACGUGCAGCUGUAUUGAACAGUGUUUUAGAUGUGGAAACUGCUUCUGUGUCCAGCCAAACACUGUCAAUGACUAGCAUCCCCCAUCACAAGUUCUAUGUGGCAAUAAAUUCUCCAUCCAUUCAGUGCACUAACACCUGGUGUGAAUGUUCCCUGGAUGGUUCGCUAUUUUUUAAGAAUUGCUAAUGAUUCUCAUUGUUCUGUGACAAUGGUGCUUCAGUUGAAGCUCACUGUAAUUCAGAGUGGCCGAUGUUAUAUGGAACACUAUGCACUUCAUGAUGUAAAAAAUUGAACGUAUUAACUUAAGGGUAUUAUGUGUCAGAAAAAUGUAAAUAGUGUAUAAUUACAGUUUUAUAUAUAUUUUUUUUUUUGCAUUGUAUAUGCAAAACAUUUUUGUUUCUAUGUUUCUGUGGCCAGUGUAUUGUUUCCUCUCAAUUAUUUGAGACAUUUUGUCUCAGUAAGGUGUUUUAAAUAAAUUAAUUAUAAAUACGCCUUACAUACUUAAUGAUUGAGAACUUAAGAGAAAAAUCAUACGAUCUGUUUCAGAUCGUAAUUGUGAUUUGUCUGUUGAGCAUCCAAUGCAAGUACUCCAAUAUAAUGCAAUUAACACAUUUUACCAAAUCGUUUUUGCACCUGUUAGGAAUGUCACAACGUUUUGUAGUCAUCAAUGAAUCCUUUUAAUGACACAGUUUUCACAAAAAAAUAAAAUAAAUAAAUAAAAACAAUUCAACAUUGAUAA